UCUGAGCUCAGCCGAACCUUUUUGUUUUUACUUCAUCUCAUAUCAAUCUGCGUUUAAUUCAGCCUGCCACUAAUUUUAUUCUAAAAUAACACCUGAGCUGAAAUUCAAAAAUCUGAAAAAACAGUUAUAAAACUAACUUGAAAAACCCGGAAAUUUUCAAUUAAUAUUGCAUUAAAAAUAUUUUAAAUUAUUUACAAAAAUUUUGAUAUUUCCUUGAUGGUUAUUUCCCAUUUUACGCCCCAUCUUAACUUUGGUCAUUUUUCCAUGGAUUUUGACUCUUUCAUUCCCCCCAUCCCCCCAAAUUUCACCCCGGGUUCACCCGCCAUUAUUCCCUCAUCACCCCAAAUUAUGUUCCCGCCAGUACCUGGCUCUAAUCUGAAUCCCAACCUUUUCCCCCGCACACAAGUGGUGCCUCAGUACUCACAUAAAAAAGAGACCAGUCCCUCCCUCCUGGCCCAAAAUGACUCAUCAUUGACCCCGUCAUCACUUAGCCCCCCUUUCGAUGGGACGGUGGGGGCUAAAAAGGAAAGCGGCGCUAUGCUCAGCGAUCUAUCAAAACAACACCCUAUAUCAAACAAAUCACUUUCGCCAGGGUUCGACUCUGAAAACGUUUUGUCGACCAAUGAGAACAGAGAAAGCAAUCAGUCCUCGGCAGGGUGCGACAAUUCAUCUCCCUCUCCACUCUCAUCGGCGACCGAGAAGAUCCCAAAAUGCAUCGGGUGUUGCGAGCCUAUCCUGGACCAAUUCAUCUUGAGAGUGGCGCCGGACUUAGAGUGGCACGCGCACUGUCUCAAAUGCCACCAGUGCUCGACAGUUCUGGAUGAGAGACAAACUUGCUACUUAAAGGACGGCAAACCAUACUGCAAGCUAGACUACAUACGUUUAUUCAGCAUCAGAUGUGGAAAAUGUGACCUGCCGUUUGAAAAGACUGACCGGGUGAUGCGAACUAUGAACAAAGUUUACCACGUGGAGUGUUUCUCCUGCAACGUCUGUUUCAAACAGUUGUUGCCGGGAGACGAAUACGCAAUCCGAGAUGACCUCAUAUUCUGUCGGGACGACAUGGUCGAACUCAUGACAUCAUCUGCAGCAGCUAAUGCGAAUCAGAGUCCCAACCAAAACUCUUUGCCGACAUGCGAGAACCCAUCGUCGGCAGGGGAUACGAGGAUAGCAGGAAUACCUUCAGAGCAAAACAGUCCCAAAUAUGGGGGCAUGCAGAACAAUUCAGUCGGGAAUAAUUUGAGUCUGUCUUUGAGCUCGUCAAACGACUUGGAUAGAGACGACAAAAUCAUUUUUUCACCAGAUGACAAAUCGUGCAAGGACUCUGCAGUCUCUCUGUCGGUCAGGGGGGAGAAGAGACACCACUCCUCCAAGGACGGCUCCUCCAAGCCCACCCGCAUCCGUACUGUGCUUAAUGAAAAACAACUACACACUCUCAGGACCUGUUACAAUGCCAACCCCAGACCGGAUGCCCUGAUGCGGGAGCAGUUGGUGGAGAUGACUGGCCUGUCUCCCAGAGUUAUUAGGGUCUGGUUCCAGAACAAGAGGUGCAAGGACAAGAAACGAAGCAUAGCCAUCAAACAAAUGCACCAGCUUCAGGCAGAAAAGAAUAUUAGUGGUCUGAAUGGCGUGCCCAUGGUCGCUGGCAGCCCCAUGCGUCAUGACCCAGUGCUGGACGGCCAGUUUCCUCCCUACCCCCACCCUCCGUACGGCCUACCACACCACCCCCACCACGCCUCAGAGAUGGACCCAGCCUACAUGAUGGCAUUCGACAACGGCGGCGGCGGACCAGGUUCAGUCAUUUCAGACGGCUGUUUGGGCUCGCCUGCUGGAAGCGACUGCUCCCUCUCUCUAUCCUCAGACUGAAAACAACAUUCCACCUACACCCGUCGAAACAGACAAUUAUCAACCCUAAUUCUACAUAUUAUGUACAUCACAACUAUUAAUUUCAAUGUCAUUUGAACACUCGUCAACGAAUUGCCAUCUACACUGAAGAAUUGCGACAAAGGAUAUGCAUCGACGAGGUGGAUGAUUUUUACCUUCGUUUGAUCUCUUCAAUUAUUUAACCGACCCUAGGGAAUCUAGAACCUUCGGAUUUCCCGACAUGUUUACAACGUCAUAUGGUACCAUUGAAUCUACUGGAUAUGGGAACCGAUAAAAAUUCUGACAACCGAUGCCGGAUAUUCGAAAUUAUUUGAAGCACAGAAACCUGGAUAUUUCCCGACUUGCGAAGAUUUUGGAUGUUUAUUUUGACGAGACUUCAUCCAGUCAAGGCCGAAUGAACGUUGAUUAGAUGUUACAAAUCCUUUUAGCUGUCAAAAACUCAGUCAUCAAUAGCUGUUUAAACGAACCGUCAAUCAAAACUCUAUUGCAACUCCAUUCCCAAAAAGACACUCUUUUCUUUUCCGUUUUAUGUUUCAAAUAAUGCAGAAAAUUUAAAUGCUGUAAAUAAACCAUUUAGUAAAUGUUACAAUUUAAUCUUCUAGAAAACA